AUGUCGACCGCGGGGACCCAAGCCGCAGGCAAGGGUCCCGACAAAGGCCGUAGAGGCGGUAGAAAUGGGGGCGCCGGACUCUGCAGGUCUUAUCAGGGCAACGGAAAGUGUCGAUUCGGAGACAAUUGCAAGUUCCAACAUGUUCGAAGAGGAGGGGGGUCAUCGAGUACUGAACUAACUGAAGAGCGUCUGGCGAAUAAUGAACCCAUUAUCGGAUCUCCACUUAUGCCACCAACGCCAUUACCAACCUCAAAUGAACCGAGUUCCUCGACUCCCAGCACCUAUCUCGGCGUUUGCAAGUCUUAUCGGGUUACAGGACGCUGUCGGACUGGGCCUAGCUGCAAGCUACAGCAUAUGAGGGACGAGCAGCUGGCAAGUGUCCAGCAAGACGAAGAACAUUCGACCACUAUUCCACCUGAUUCGACGACAACGGACGUGUUGUCAGCGACUCACAGCGAGGCUGGACCCACAAUUUCAAACGUCACUCAAGCAGUCACAAACACAGCCCCCGCCGCCCCGACUUCUGGUGGUCCGAAACGUUUCUGCCAUGCUUGGAAGAGGUCAGGCACCUGCCCUCGAGGCGAGAAGUGCCCUUACGAGCAUGUUCGUAAUGAGACACAACAAGGCGGGUCCUCCUCAAACACGACUGCGUCGAAUAACAGACGAAACAGUCGUCAGGCCCAGGCCCAGGCUACCCGUGUUAAAGAGGAGAAUCGUAAGAAAGAACUGGAGAGGCAAGCUGAAGAAGAGGCAGCACGCGCAAGAGAGGAUCAAGAACGACUCCGUCGUGAAAUCGAGCUUGAAGAGCAGCGGCUGAGGGACGUGGAACGCGUCUUCGCAGAAAGCCGAGCGGCCAAGGCCCGAGAGGAAGAACAGCGUCGUCAGGAACAAGCCCGACGCGAGCGCGAAGAGCAAGAACGCAAGAAGAGGGAAAGGGAGGCUAUAAGGGAGGCGAUGCGCGAAGCCGGCAGACGAGCGAAGGAAGAGCAACAACGCCGUGAACAAGAGCGCCAGCUUGCAGAGGCUCGAGCCAGGGAGGAAGAAGCGCGCCGUGCGGAAGAAGCACGCCUCCUUGAGGAAGAACGUCUACGUCAGGAGGAGCAACGUCGUGCAGAGCAGGCUCGCCGCGAGGAGCAAGAACGAAAGAGGAGGGAGAAGAAGGAAAGGCAGGAGGCUGCCCGACGGGCGAGGGAGGAGCAGCGUCGUCUCGAGGAGGAACGGCAGGCGGAGGAGGAGAGGCGUAGGCUGGAGGAACAGCGCGAACGCGAGCGUAUUGCCCGUGCUAACCUCGAGGAGAAGCGUCGACAAGACGCUGCCAUCGUCGAGCAAUACCUCGUCUUGGACGCUGCUGGUCUCAUCACAUGCUCCGCGGGCCUCGAGGUGCAGCACGUCGUCGCCGGGUUUGAUCUGUGCAAAAUCACCAUCAAGAACCUCCCAAAGAACGCCAGACGCGCAGAGAUUUCAGACCUAUUCGUCCAACAGGGGGUCGAGACCGCCGAGUUCCACAUCUUCCAGGUCAAGGACGACCCGACGACGCGGGGCAGAAAGCUCGAGGCGGUCGUGAUCGUGAAUGCAGAGUAUGGGCAGGCGAUUGCGGCCGGGUUGGACGAGAUCGAGUUUAGAAACGAGAAGCUCAAGUUUGAGGUCAGCGAGAACGCCAGUGGGAACGCGAUGGCGAGUGGGCGGGCAUGGCCGUUCAUGACGAUCUCGUGGAAGCCGCCGACGGAGACGAUCGUCGCGACAUACAUGUCUCGCGAGGAGGCGCAAGUUAACAUCCAAAAGAUCAAUGGGAAGACGCUGGACGGACGUUACUUGCGUGCUGUUUUGGAUGAAGGGCGUCCGAACAAACUUCAGUUUGGUGCCAUACGAACCACGGGCGUCAAGAUCACCGGUUGGCCCCUCCUUCGCAUGUAUGAUUCCGAGUUUGAGGCCCUCGUCGGCGCACAGUCGUUCAACCUCAAGACGCUCAAGGCUCCGCGCUAUGACCACGAGCAGACGGUAGCCACCCUACGUGCGACGGUUUCGGCUCAGGCUGGGGUUCGGAUGUCAACGUACAACGUCUCGCCCGCAGCGGCGAACGCAGGUGAGGAGUGGAAGGUGAAGGUCCAUUUCGACGACUGGGAAGACGUCAAGAGCGCACACGGCUUCUUCGACAAGAAAAGGUUGCCCUCUGGGGCGUACCUCCGCGCGUGGCACCCCAAGCCACUCCAGUACUCUAUCAGGAUCCCGACGCCGCAGUACCAGGCGCAGAAGAAGAUAUGGGACGCUCUUGCGGAAAAGAAACCUGGGAGCGACGCGCACAUCCAUGCAAAUCCCGGCGAUCGAGGUGACGUCAUGUUCAUAAGAGUCCUUGGGGAGGACAAGAAGGCUGCCGGCUCGCUGAAGGUACGCGUCGAGAGCCUCGUUGCUGGUGAAAGGCUCGACGCAACGUACUGGCACCCGUCGUUCUUGUCGACCAGGGAUACCAGGGCGCUCUUCGACCGUGUGAGUCAGCAAACCAAGGUGUUUAUCCGCAGCGACUUCAAGACGCGCUCUCUGAAAGUUUAUGGCGAGUCAGAAGGGAUCGAAGAGGCGAAGAAAUUGAUCUUGGAGGAAGUGGACCGCCGUGCGCAACUCGAGACGUCCAGGGUGGUGCCUGUUGCUUCGGCGGGCUAUUUCGUGCGAGAGGGACUCGCAAAACUAAAGGAGCUCAUCGGGGAGGAUAACGUCAAUUUUAAUCUCUUCACCAGGAAGCUUACGAUCAAAGGCGGCGAGGAGGCUCGCCACCAUAUGCAACGUCUCAUCGACGAAUCCCACUCACAGACAGAACUCGGGGGCGUCGUUCCCCUCGCAGACGGUGCCGAGUCAUGUCCUUUAUGUUUCUGCGACGCGACCACCGGCGAGGAGUUGGGAUGUGGGCACCGGUACUGCGCGGGCUGCCUCCGUCAUUUCCUCACGUCUGCAGCGGACGCGAACGACUUCAAGUUUCCGCUUGCCUGCAUGAUGUGCAACGUCCCAGUCGCCAUCCCGCUUCUCCGCGCCUUUCUCACCCCGCAAGUGUUUGAGAAUCUUGUCGAGGCCGCGUUCACUGCGUACCUCGAGAAACACCCGCAGGAGCUGAGGUACUGCACGACGCCGGACUGCAAACAGAUCUAUAGGCUUUGUCCUGCCUGUUUCUCGAACAUCUGCCCGGCGUGCGAUGAAGAGUCCCACGAGGGCAUGACGUGCGAGGAAAGACGCAUCCAGAGCGACCCCGCGGAGCAGGAACGUCUGAACAACGAGCUGGCGGAGAGGAGCGGUUACAAGCGAUGCCCUCGCUGCCGGGUGAUGAUGGAAAAGACGGAGGGGUGCAACCACAUGGAGUGCAGGUGCGGCGCUCACUUCUGCUGGCGCUGCUUGGCGGCGUUCGACACCUCCGAUGAGACGUACGCUCAUAUGCGGACGGCGCACGGUGGGAUCUACGACGAGAACCCGGCGGGAGUACAACAAGCUGGAGGUGCUCUGCACCUGGAUGCCAAUUUCGUUCAGGAGCAGUUGGACGUACUGGAGCGGAUUGAACGUCAAAGGCUCGCGGUUGAGCAAUGGGAAGUCGACUUGAAUCACUUAUGGAGGGAUCAAGAAGUAGAAGGAAGAGCACGAGCGGAAGCGAGAAUUCGAAGAGCUGAGGAAUUGCAAAGGGAGCGGAUGGAAGUAGCGAGAAUUCAAAGGCAGGAAGAGCUGGAAAGAGAAAGGAGGCUGGAGGCGGUGAGGAUCAGAAGGCAGGAGGAGAUGCAAGCCGAGUAUCUGCGGAUCCAGAGAGAGAAUGAAGCUGCUCGAAUUCGUAGGGAUGCUGAAUACGCACGUCUGAGGGCGGAGGCAGAACGCGAGCGUACCAGGAGGGAGAACGAGGAGUGGAACCGAAACCGUGCAAAUUAUGCGAGAAUGCGCGCACAAGAGGCUGCUGCGAGGAUGGACCGUCAACAGCAGCAGCAACAACAGCGCGAGGAACGAGGGGGUUGUUUAAUUCUAUGGAAGGGCCCAGCCGACCUCGUCGAAUCCGAGAGGCGCAAGAAAGAGGAUCAAGGUCAAGAGCUGACAGAGGAGGCAGCCAACACUGAAAAGCUCAGGCAGCAGGAAAAAGCUCGCCGCCGACUUGAACUGGAAGAACAGUUCAGAAAAGAAGGCGCAGAGUGCACAGUGGCGGAAGAAAAGGCUGCGGCAGCAGCCAGAGCCAAGAGGGAGCGGCUCGAGCGGGAGCGGACCGCGCGUGCCAACCUCGAGCUGAACCGCCGACAAGAGGCCGCCGUCGUUGAGCAAUACUUGGUUUCGGAUGCUGCAGGCCUUAUCACCUGCUCCACCGGCCUUGAGGUACAGCAUGUUGUCGCCGGCUUCGACCUUUGCAGAAUCACCAUAAAGAACCUCCCAACGAAUGUUACACAUGCUGAGAUCGCAGACUUGUUUGCCCAGCAAGGUGCUGACGCCACCGAGUUUUUUGUGUACCGGGUCAAUAACGACUCUGCGACCUGUGCCAGCGGACAAGGUGGAAAGUCCGAGGCAAUCGCGCUUGCGAACACAGAAUGUGGGCAGGCGGUCGUGACAGCACUGGAUGGUGUCAGGUUUCGGGAGGAGAGAAUCAAGGUCAAAGUGAACGAGAGGGUGAGCUGGGAAGCGAUGGAGGCUGGCGCUGAACAUCCAGGACCGGUGGAGCCGUCUAUCACAGUCUCAUGGGGAGACCCGGAGACUAUCGUCGCGACCUAUACAUCCCACCGGCUAGCACGAGCCAAUGCUGAGAGGAUCAACGGGCAGGUGUUCCAUGGCCGUCGGCUGUAUGCCACUCUGGACCAAGGACCGCCUCAGCUCAAUACCACAAGUAUCAAGAUCGCUGGCUGGCCGCAUGCUGAGAUCUACCAUCCUAGCUUCGUGCCGUUCGUAGCGCCAGACUGGGUGGAUGUCUGCCUGCAGGCAAUCCCAACCAGGGACAGGGCAAUGAUAUAUGCAAUGGUCUCGUCUCGAAAAGGGGUCCGCAUGGAGACCUACGACUUCUUGGCGGCAGUCGACGCUUGCGAACAGAACUACGUCAAGGUAUCUUUCGAUAAUUGGGAAAAUGCCAAACAGGCACAGAAAUUUCUCAAUAGGAAGAAGCUCAAUGGCGGAAUCUCCCUCCGAGCGUGGUAUCCAAAGCCACGCCAGCAUACCAUCAGGAUCCCAAGGCUACAGUACCGGGCACAGAAGAAAAUGUGGGACGUACUCGCAGAAGCAGGACAGGAGAGCGACGCCCAGGUGGAGAUAAGCCCCAGCGAUCAUGGAAGUUUCGUCUUCGUUAACAUCACCGGGGAUGACAAGAAGGCUGCUGACUCGCUGAAAAUCCGCGUUGAGAGCCUCGCCGGUGGAGAACAGCUCAGCGCAACGUACUGGCAUCCUUCAUUCCUCUCCGACAAGGACAGCAAGACUCUUUUUGACCAUGUUAGACGCAAGACCUGUGUAUUUGUCCACAGAGACUUUGGGAUGCACUCUUUGAAGGUGUACGGCGAACCUGGAAAGGUCAAAGAGGCAAAACACUUAAUUAAAGAAGAAGUUGACCAAUUGGCACGUGCACGGCUUGAGACGAGGAGGCUCAUCCCCCCUGCAUCUAUGCACUAUUUCAUUCGUGAAGGGCUUGCAAGACUUAGAGAGCUCUUCGGCAGGAGGAAUAUUAGUCUGAACCUUAUAACAAGGCAGAUCAUAAUCAAAGGUGGCGAAGAAGCACACUACCAUUUGCAGCAUCUCAUCAACAAGUCGCAUAUCAAGAGGGAACUUGGUGAUACCCUCCCCCUCGCAGACGCCUUGCAGGGUGGGGAGAAAUCAUGCGCCUUAUGCUUCAAUGAUACGGGCAAUGGAGAGGAAUUGGGAUGUGGUCAUAGGUAUUGUGCGGACUGCCUCCGGGAAUUCCUCGAAUCCGCAAGGGAACUUGAAGCUGACCACCUCAAUUUCCCACUUGUCUGUCCUGCCAUCGUUGACAAAUCGAUGUGCAACGUACCAGUCGCUAUCCCUCUCCUGCGUGCCUUUCUCACCCCACAGGCAUUUGAGAACCUCGUCGAGGCUGCUUUUACUUCGUAUCUCAAAAAACACCCCCAAGAGCUUGGGUAUUGCACAACACUAGAUUGCAAGCAAGUCUAUCGACGAUGGCCUUCAACCUGCGACGAGGAGGCGCACGAGGAUAUGAUGUGCGAGCAGUGGUGCAGGGAGAGCCGCUCAUCAGGAAAGUAUCACACAAUAGUGGAAAAGCGUGGUUACAAGAUAUCCCUGCAAGAAAAUUAUAACAAAGAGCAGAACGGCCCUUUCCUGCUUGUUGGAGUGGCAGGAAACCAGUCGGUGCACCUGGAGUGUGCAGGUUCUAUCAAACAUCAUCAGGAUGUCGCUUUGGGGCCCACUGCAAGUUUCAGCAUAUUCAAGAUGGGCAUGGAUUCAGCCGUGUAUAAGCCGCCACAUCUAAGGGCAGGACGAUCAGGGCACAACCUCCCGCCAGCCCAAAGGGCCAGCCAAGCAUGCGCACAGCUCGAAGAUGGGAAGGGCCCGGAGCUGGUUGAAGAGGUAAAAUCCGCAUGUCGGCCACCGCAGUUAAGAGAUGGGCAGGCCUCACCUACUCGGGCCUUAACAUCAGAGGAAAAGAUUCACAAAAGAGAAGAACGAAGGCUUGAACAAGCCCAACGUGAAGAACAAGAACGUCAGAGAAAAAAGAAGAAAGAACAACAAGAGGCCAUACAGCGUGCCCAGGAGAAGCAGCAACACCGAGAGGAACAGCUAGAACUUGAGCAGGCUGCGCGUGCCAACCUCGAAGAGAAACGUCAACGAGAUGCUGCCGUCGUUGAGCAGUACCUCAUCUCAGAUGCUGCAGGCCUCAUCACCUGCUCCGCGGGCCUCGAGGUGCAGCAUGUCGUCGCCGGCUUCGACCUCUGCAGGAUCACGAUCAAGAACCUCCCGAAGAACGCUACUCGCGCCGAGAUCGCAGACUUGUUUGCACAACAGGGCAUCAAUAGUACCGAGUUCUAUGUACACCAGGUCAACGAAGACACAGCGACCGUGACACAUGGAAGUAGACAAGGUGGCAAGCUCGAGGCAACCGUGUUAGCAAACGCAGAGUAUGGGCGCGCGAUCGCGAUCGGCCUUGACGAUAUCGACUUUCGGGAGGAGAGGAUCAAAUUUGAAGUAAGCGAGAGUGUGAGCUGGAACGCGAUGGAGGUGGAUGAGGCGGGGCGUGCUGGGCCGUUUAUCACAAUCUCAUGGACAGCGCUCGAGGGGACAAUUGUCGCAGCGUACAUAUACCACACACAAGCACAGGCCAACGCCGAAAGGAUUGAUGGGCGGGUGUUUCAGGGACAUCGGCUCCGUGCAGUCUUGGACCGAGAGCCGUUGGGCGGGAUUCAACAACUGGCCACAGACACUGCGAACGUGAAGAUUACAGGCUGGCCACUCGCUGCCGUGCACGAUCCCAAGUUCGAGGCAUUCAUACGCGGGGAUUUGUGCUACCCCAUACACAUGCGAGUGAAAUCAUUUGAACACCAGGAGACGAGGGACGCAGUGUAUGCGAUGGUCUCUACCCGGGAGGGAGUUCGCAUAGAGUCCUACAGACUCUUGCGGACAACAGGAAGUGCUGAAGAGGGGAAAGUCAAGGUCCACUUUGACGAGUGGGAGCAGGCCAAACACGCACAGAACUUCUUUGACAACAAGAAGCUGAACACUGGGGUGUCUCUGCGUUCAUGGCACCCAAAUCCCCACGAAUACAGUAUCAGGAUCCCAAAGUUACAGUACCUGGCACAGAAGAGGAUGUGGGACGCACUCGCAAAACAGGAACUAGAGAGAGACGCUCAGGUGGAGAUAAGCACCAGCAAUCGAGGAGGUUUCGUCUUCAUCAAAGUUAUUGGUGACAACAAGAGAGCUGCCGGCUUGCUGAAGGUUCGCGUCGAGAACCUCGUGACCGGUGAACGGCUUGCUCCGGAAUACUGGUACCCGUCUUUCUUCUUGAACAGGGACAGCGUAGUGCUCUUUGAGCGCAUCAGGCAACAAACUGGAGUCUUUGCUCAGGAAGACUUCAAGACACGCUCCUUGAAAGUAUACGGGGAGUCGGACAGGGUGCGAGAGGCGAAGGACUUGAUCAGAGAGGAGGUGGAUCGGCUGGCGCAGGUCGAGACGACAAGGCUCAUCCCCCGUGCUUCCAUAGCAUACUUCAUGCAUGAGGGUAUCGCACGACUACAGGAACUUCUUGGAACAGAAAACGUCAACUUGAAUCUCGUCACUAGGAGGAUCAGCAUUAAAGGCGGAGAGGAAGCGCGCCACCACCUUCAGCGCCUGCUCGAUGAAUCCUGUGCUCAAACAGCAUUUGGCGCCGGUGUCCUCCCACUCGCAGGUAUCAUCGAGAAUAGAGAGACAUCUUGCCCUGUAUGCCUCAACGAUACAACCACUGGCGAGGAAUUAGGUUGUGGGCACAGGUACUGUGCGGACUGCCUCCGGAGCUGCCUCAAGUCUGCUGUGGAAACCAAAGGCUGCAAGUUCCCCAUUGUCUGUAUCGCGGUCAAUGAUGACGAGACAAUGUGCAAUGUUCCCAUGCCCAUUCCUUUCUUACGCGCAUUCCUCAUGCCCCAGGCAUUCGAGAAUCUUGUCGAAACAGCGUUCGCAUCGUACCUUGAGAGAAAUCCCAAGGAGCUCAAGUAUUGCACUACCCCUGACUGUAAGCAAGUCUACCGGUGUUGUUCAUCCAGUGAUACUGGAGAGAAGAAGGCGUCUUCACCUGCCCUUCACUGCCCUUCAUGCUUCUCCAGUAUUUGCCCAGUAUGCGGUGAGGAAACCCAUGAAGGCAUGACAUGCGAGGAGCGGCGCAUCCACCAUGACCCUGCAGAACAGGACCACCUGAACGACGAACUGGCAGAGAGGAAUGGAUACAAACGAUGCCCACACUGUCGGCUACUGACCGAGAAAAUUGAAGGAUGUAACCAUAUGCAAUGCAAACCAGGUUGCGGCGCACAUUUCUGCUGGCGGUGCUUGGCGGUGUUUGACACCUCAGAUGAGACGUAUCGUCAUAUGCGUGAGGUGCACGGUGGGAUACAUGAUGUUAUGCCACCUGGUGUUGAGGUUAUUGAUGCAUUCGCGGAACCGAGGAAUAUGUUCCUUGAGCAGCUGGUUGCACUGCAGGAGAUUCAACGUCGAAGGGAGGAGAUUGCACAAAGGGAAGAGCAAGAGGCACAGAGGCGAAGGGAUGAAGCAUUGCGAAGAAUUGAAAGAAGGCGACAAGACGGAGUGCAAGCUGAACUCGAACGCCAGUUGCAAGAUGAAGUGGCCAAUCAAGCGAGGAGGGAGGUCGAGCAGAGGGCUGAAGCUGAGCAUGAGAGGAGGCAUAGAAAUAUUAUACAGAGGGAAGUUGAAGUGCCUGCUAGGGAAGAGGAAGAAGAUAGGGGUUAUUGCAUUGUAAUCAUUCUCCCUCGUACCACCACCAUGUCACUCCCGGAGACUCAAGUGUCAGGCAGAGACCCUCCUGGUAGCAAGAAAUUCGCCAGAGGCGGCAAGAAUGGAGCAGUCGGCCAGUGCAAGUUCUAUCAGAGCCCAGCUGGCUGCCGGUUCGGAACUAGAUGCAAGUUCCAGCAUGUUCAAGGAGGGCGGUCACCCAGCAUCCAGAGCACUGAAGAGUAUCCAACAAGCCCUCUGAUUGGUGUAUCUUCUAGUAUCGCGACACAAGCACCUUCGCUGUCCAAAAACGAAACAUGUUCAUUGGUUACCAACAACUCCCAAGGCAUAUGCAAGUCUUAUCGGGUGACGGGACGCUGUCGUAUUGGACCCGACUGCAAGUUUCAGCAUAUUCGUGACCAGUUAGCAGCGAGUUCUGAACAGCUUGAAGAUGACCCGCCCACCAUUCCACCUUUUCAAUCCGAGUCGACAUCAAUUGAAGAGUUUCAACGUGGCCAAGAAACGAGUAACCGGGGGUCUGACAACCAGCUGGUCCCUACUUCGCCAAUUGCAUCUUCAUCUACAAAAUCCAUUCCCUUUGCACCACCGAGUGAACCCUUGGUCUCUGUCAGACAUGGCAUUUGCAGGUUCUAUUUGCAAGGCGGACAUUGCCGAUUUGGGACUAGCUGCAAAUUUAGGCAUGUGCGAGGGGAGCAGGUUGCAAGCAUUCAAGAAGGUCCAAAGAGUCUGAACGUCGUCGAGUCUCCUUCCAUUUCACCCGUUUCACUGUCCAUAAACACAGACGACGCCAGUUCGAACAACGCUCCGAAGCACGUUCCAAGUGAGGGACAAAUAUCAACUGCCGAAUCAGACGGAAAGAGGCCAGUGAUGACAACGAUCCCAGUCGAUCCUGUCCUGUCUAGCGUUCACAGUCAGAAGCCCCCAUGUUAUGUUUGGAAAAGAGCAGGUGCUUGUCCUCGAGGCGAUAGGUGUAGAUUCCAGCAUGCUACUCAGGAUCCAGUCGGCCGCCUCGAAUUCGAGAGAGGGCAGAAAGAGGCUGAGAGAUUGUCCGAAGAGUUAGCUGCCGGUGUCCGGGGACAACAAGAACAAGUUCGCCGUCGACUCGAGCUGGAAGAGCAGCGAAGAAGACAGGACGAAGAGCGUAAUGCUGCGGAAGAGAGGGCAGCGAUGGAAGCCAGAGCCAGGGAGGAGGAACAGCACCGAGCAGAUCAAGCUCGUCGUGAAGAACAAGAACGGAAGAGAACGGAGAAGAAAGAAAGGCAAGAGGCCGCUCGGCGUGCGAGAGAGGAACAGAGUCGUCUUGAGCGGGAACGGCGGGCUGCGGAAGAGAGGCGUAGGCGAGAAGAACGGCUGGAGCGUGAGCGUGUCGCUCUUGCCAACCUCGAGGCGAAACGUCGAAGAGAUGCUGCCGUCGUCGAGCAAUACCUCGUCUCAGAUGCUGCAGGUCUCGUCACUUGUUCCGCGGGCCUCGAGGUGCGGCACGUUGUUGCUGGGUUCGACCUAUGCAAGAUAAUCAUCAAGAACCUCCCGAAGAACGCCACGCGCGCUGAGAUCGCGGAUUUGUUCAUCCAGCAAGGGGUUCAUACCACCGAGUUCUACAUCUUUCAGGUCAAGGAUGACCCGAUGAAGCACGGGGCCAAGCUCGAGGCUAUCGUCAUCGCGAAUGCGGAGUAUGGUCAGGCGAUUGCGGCUGGACUGGACGAGAUCGAGUUUAGAAACGAGAAGCUCAAGUUUGAAGUUAGCGAGAACGUUAGCCAUAACGCGAUGGCGGCCGGGGGAGCAGGCCGUGGGGCGCCGUUCAUCACUAUCUCCUGGCGAGCUCCUUUGGAGACGAUUAUCGCUAUGUUCGCAACAGAAGAGGGCGCCCGCGGCUGCGUCCAGAGGAUUAACAGUCAGACGCUAGAUGGACACCGAAUCCGUGCGUCUUUGGAUCAAGGACCAGCGAACGUGGCAGCACAUGCGAUCUCGACGAAGGUCAAGGUUACCGGUUGGCCUAUAUUACGGAUGUAUGACCGAGAGUUCGCCGCUUUCCUUGGGUCACAGCCGCUCAGCCUCAAAGCACUUAGGACAGCACCAUACAACCAUGAGGUUAUCAUCAACACCCUCCGUGCUAGGGUUUCUACCCAACGUGGCGUCCAAAUGGGAACGUACGAGUUCUUGCCGACUACGGGGAACGCAGGCGCUGGAAGCGGGGUGGAGUGGAAGAUUAAGGUACAAUUUGACGACUGGGAGGACGCCAGGAGUGCUCUUGCCGUCUUCGACAGGAAGAAGCUAGAUGGUGGGCCGUACAUGCAUGCCUGGCAUCCCAAAAUCCUUCAGUAUUUGAUCAGGAUCCCUGCACAGCAGUACCAGUCGCAGAGGAAAAUAUGGGACGCACUGGCAGAAAAGAAACCAGGGGUUGACGCGCACGUAGUUGCGAAUUAUGGGGAUCGGGGGGACGUCGUCUUUGUGAAGGUUGUCGGUGACGACAAGAAGGCUGCUGGCUCGCUCAAGGUGCGGGUCGAGAGCCUGAUAGCUGGCGAACGGCUCGGUGCGACGUAUUGGCACUCUUCAUUUUUCUCCAACAGGGACACCAGGCCGCUCUUUGAGCGUGUCCAACGGGAAGCGAAAGUGUUUGUCCGCAGCGAUUUCAAGACGCGCUCUCUGAAGGUGUAUGGAGAACCGGAAAGAGUCGAAGAGGCGAAGCGACUGAUCAAAGAGGAAGUUGAUCGCUUAGCACAGCUCGAAACGAGGAGGCUCAUCCCGCCAGCCUCUAUGCGGUAUUUUGUGCGCGAGGGAGUAGCCAGACUUAGAGAGCUUGUCGGGGCGGAGAACGUCGAACUGAACCUUAUAACAAGGGAGAUGACAAUCAAGGGCGGAGAAGAAGCCCGCCACCACUUGCAGCGUCUCAUCGAAGAGUCGCAUGAACGGAGAGUCUUGGGUGAUGCUCUCCCGCUCGCAGAUGCCGUCGGGAAUGGAGAGAAAUCUUGCCCAGUGUGUUUGAACGAUACGACCACUGGCGAAGAAUUGGGAUGCGGCCAUAGGUAUUGCGCUGACUGUCUUCGGGAUUUCCUCAAGUCUGCAGGGGAAACGAAGGACUUCAAUUUCCCACUCGUUUGCCUGGCCACCGUCGAUAAUGCGAUGUGCAACGUCCCGGUGGCAAUUCCUCUUCUGCGCGCUUUCCUCACCCCACAAGCGUUCGAGAACCUCGUCGAGGCUGCAUUCACCUCGUACCUGGAGAAACAUCCUGAAGAACUCAAGUAUUGUACCACUCCGGAUUGCAAGCAAAUAUACAGGCGAUGUCCAUCGAAUGGCGCCGGGAAGAAGAAAGUAAGAUCAGACACACUCCAGUGCCCAUCGUGUUUCUCCAGCAUUUGUCCAGCUUGCGAUGAGGAGGCCCACGAGGGUAUGACUUGCGAGGAGAGGCGCAUCCAGAGCGACCCAGCGGAACAAGAGCGACUGAAUGACGAACUGGCGACGAGGAGUGGGUACAAACGAUGUCCACGCUGCAGGAUCAUGAUGGAGAAAACUAUGGGAUGCAACCACAUGACCUGCAGAUGCGGCGCGCAUAUCUGUUGGCGCUGUAUGGCUGUAUUCGAUGUGGGGCAACAAGUCUACGACCAUAUGAAUGCAGCGCACGGCGGAAUUUAUGAUCAAACACCCGCGGGCGUCCAGGAAGCUCGAGGAAUCGCUCAGCCAAACGUUAAUCUCGUUCAGGAGCAAGUAGAGGCAUUUGCGGAGAUCGAGAGGCUGAGGGCUGCGAGAGCACGUUGGCAAGAGUAUAUAAGAGGAAAUGCAGAGGCAGAGGAAAGAGCGCGAAGGGAGCGAGCUGCAAGGAUUGAAAGGGAGGAAGAAGCCGCAAGAAUACGACGGCAGCAGCAACUAGCGAACCAGCAGACUUUUGAGGUAGAAAGGGACCGGAUCAGGAGGGAAAUCGCGGCGAGGAAUGCCGCUGCUGCGAGGGCUCAACAAGAGGAAAGAGGGGGAUGGUGCAUUGUAAUGUAG